UUUGGUUUUGACAGAGUGUGAUUUAUGAUUUUUGAGAUCUGUUUCUCCUCUUUGUCUAACAAGACUUUUUCCAUGACGAUUUCUGAAGACCAAGAAAUCUGUUUAUCAAGCGAGUGCUGAAGUCAACAUGAACGCACGAAACUUUCCUGAGGUGAACACCUAUAGGUCAGACUUAACGAAUACAUCUCGAGAGGCUGCAGUACGAAAAUUAUUUGGCUCCAGCAGCAUUUUCCUGACGCCAGAGUUAAAAUGUGACAGACCAGAUUUACGAGGCAACCUUGUAAUAAAGGAGAAGGCAAUCACACAUUAUCAAGCAGGCAAGGAGGCUGUGACACAGUUACAGUUUGAGAGGGCUGUCAGUUGUUUCUCCAAAGCCAUAACACUGCAGCCGGACCAGACUCAGUUCUAUGUAGAGAGGGCAGAAGUGUAUCUUCAGCUGUGUGACUUCAAUUCGGCAGCCCUAGACUACAAACAUGCCUGCUACUUGGAACCACAGACCAAGACCCAUUUUCAUCGCCUUGCAUUCAUUUAUUACUUGCAGGGACAGUGUCUGUGUGACCAGGGUAUGUUCUUGGAUGCGCUGGAGUCUUUUGCCAAAGCGACUGAACUGAAGCCCAACUUUAAACCUUAUCACAUGAGAAGCUUGGCAUGUCUGACCGCACUAGGUCGUUAUUCUGACUGCAUUCGGCUGGUAACUAACUGGCUGAAGAUAGACCCUCCAUCGGCUGAUCUCUUCACUCUCAGAGCCCGCUUGUACCACCAAAUCAAUCAGGCUGCACUGUGUUACUAUGACCUAAAGGCAGCUCUGAGGCUCAACCCCAGUUGUGCAGAUGCACUGUCCUUGCUGGAGGAGAUGAAGGAGGCAGCAGAGUGUUCUCGACAGCAAGCAGUGUCUAAAGCGGUGGAGGGAGAACUGACUAACGCUCUGAGCAAGAUUACCACAGCUGUGGAGAAGAACCCUGAAAAGGCUCAGUAUUACCUCUUUAGAGGGAUAAUCUACCGCAGACUGAAAGACUUCAUCGCUGCCAUAGAGGACUUGGUACUUGCCGUUGAACUCUGUGAUGCUGUAGCAGAAUGUUCUGAAAGAGAGAAGCCUGAUAACUCCAACAGUCUGGAAGAAGAUGCACAAGCCCAACUGGUGCUCACUUACAAUGAUUUCGCAGUCCACUGCUUCUCCCAGGGCUUCUACAGUGAGGCCAUCAAGCUUCUGACUAAGGCCAUCCAUGAGCAAAGAGAUGAAAGUGGACUCUUCAUCAACCGAGGCGAUUGUUUUUUGAAGCAAGAGGAGUGGCUCUUUGCCCUGGCUGACUACCAGCAAGCUGAGGAGCUGGACCCGCAGAACAGAAGCAUUUGGUUUCGUCUGGCCUUAAUUCACAACACAAUGGGACUGCAUAGUUUUGGCAAACUGAACUUCCAGGAUGCGGCAGACAAGUUUUCCCUGGCUAUUAAGUACAAACCUGGAGUAGCUCAGUACUAUGGAAAUCGGGCUAAGGCUCACACCAGAAUGCACAGAAUGGAGGAAGCCAAGCUGGAUGCCCUCAGUGCUCUGAUUUUAGGUUCCACUAAUGAUGAGUUGCUGAGGCUGUUCCCAGGCUGCUCUUUGUCAGAUGUCAUAUCCAGUGCCACUGCUCAAACAGUCAAAGCUCAGUUGAUGGAGCAGACCCAGAUGUGGAAACUUGCUGGCCGUCCUGCGUCAAGGCUUUCAGACAAGCUUCAGAGAAUGGCCCUCCAGCAUGACACAGACAGCCAGUCUGAAACAGCCUCUCAAAGCUCAUUAAGUGUGGAGAAUGUGGAAACAAAACUUAAACCCUGUGUAUCUCCCCGAGACCUGCUCAGCAGCAAGGAACAGGUGACCGAGGCAGUAAGGAAGGUCCUGCACCAGAGGCAGUCUCUGUAUCGUACCGGACCUCGUCUUUCUCCACUUCGCCUUGCAGAUGCUUCAGAGGCUGCCCUCUGUGCUGCCAAGCAUCCAUACGCAUGGAGGAAUUUCAGAGGCUUGGGCCUUAACUGUUGAUGGCUUGUCAGAAUGGCUCUGUAGCAAUCAAACUGCAAAACCCUGCAUAUAAUAUCUUGAGUUUGACCCAAAACAGAUUAAUCACUGAGACAGAGUUUGUCGAAUCUUGCUAUUAUUAAAGAACCUCACAUAUAUGUAGAGUGCAACAACAUAAUAGUACAGAAACACAAACCUAUUCACAGGAAAGCUGUAGCAUUUUUAGUUGGACUACUAAAAAUAUGUAACUUGUAGAUGACUUAGAAAUAAAACCACAAUUUUCUGAGCAUUAGUUUGGCUCAACUUAGGGAAAUGUCUAGAGGGGAAGUUUAUUAUUAGAAGACAAUAACUGUAGAGUUGAAUUCAUUGUAUUUCAAUUUAUUGAUAUUAAUAUUAAAAAAUAUUACUUAUAUGCCAAAAAGGUGCAAUACUUUCUACAGUAUUGGUAGUACAGAGUCAGAAUUGGUUCCACAUUUUUGUGUUACUGCAAGUAGAAGAAACACUUAAGAAUGCCCACCAAUGUGAGAGCUAAACAAGGUGACAGUGGCAUCUGAAUGUGUGGUUGCCGAAAUGGUAUAGCUAAACAGCACCAAUCAAGAGGAAAAGCAGCAGAACUCACAAAUUGAAACACUCUGCAUUUAAAACAGAUGAUGUAGGCAAUGUUGACAAUGCACAAAAAUGGACUGCAAAUAUGGAUUAUAUUAUUUUAUAUUAUAAGGAAAAAGUAAAGGAGAUAACUUCAAAUUCAGCAACUAAAUUUGACAAGUAAUUCACUGCUAACAUUAAAAAAGUGUUCUUAUUCAGAACAGUUUGCUGUUUAUGUUUGAAAUAAUGGGCAUUGCUCUGUUUUUGGUUCAAAAUGACUGGUAUGCAACAUUAUAUUUUUGCAUUGUUAUGGAUUACCUAACUCAUUUAAGCACUGUAACAUGUUUUACUACUCAUAAAUAUAAUGCUUUUUUUGGUAAUGGUUCCCAAAAUUUGGAUAAUGUGACAUUUUUAUACUGAUCGAAAUCAAUAUAUUUGACUUUAGACAAACCAGCUAAAUCUUUUUUCACUGCAUUGCUAGUGUGAUUAUGUAAGGCACAGUUGAACUCAGUGCAGGUCAUUUUUAAAGAGUGCUGUUUAUGUGAAGACUGAGCUAAAUGAAGGACAGCUGCUAUUUAGACACCUCUGAAGUGAUAAGUAGUGAUCCACAGAGUAUAUGAGUGCUCUAAAUGUUUGUUCAGAGGGAGGCAGUUAUGUAGAAAAAUAAUGUAGGUUUUUGGGAGAUUACUUCUUCAUAACGUUUGGUCCAUGGCUCAGGAUGAUUGCAAAAGUGGUUGUUUUGUUCGCAGCAGCUGUUCUUCAGCAGCUGGGAGAGCAGCUGAAAGAGAGAGAGUGAAAGACAGAGAAGGAAAGGGAGAGGGGCUGUGAUGCUGUCUAGAAAACACCCCAACAGCUGAUCCCAAGUCCCUGUCAGAGAUUUCCAUACAACCUCACUCAAGCAGUGCAACACAUACUUCCGAGUCUCUAGAGGAGAGUCCUAGACUUUUUGGCACACUAACAAUAAA